UGGCACUGGCAACGCAGGCCAUUGCGGAGUCCAAACGUUUCUCCAGUAUGGAUAAUGCGAGCGGCGAUAUUGCGGGUGACGGUGAAGUCAUGACGUCCACAAGCACGGGCACCGCUGUUGGAUUGGCCCCAUCGUCACAAUCAAAGACGUCUUCCACGACGGGUAUGGUUGGUAGAGUCUCUGAGAAGCAGCUGGAGAACAUAUUUCUUGAAAAGGCGGCUUUAGAGUAUCAGCUCACGCGGAAGGUGUGGAACUGGCAGCAACUUAUUCACCGCCUAGGAUACAAGAUCCACCGCGGUCACGUGUUGCCUCGACGGGAACUGGGCGUUCGUUGCAUCGCCAAACGGGACGCCGAUGAAUCGCUGAAUGACAUGCACGGCAGCAAGAAUCCGGCGGUACGUGGACAGGACUUAACCGAAAGCAUUUUACGCGACCUCAGUCGCGGUUUCAUGACACUCACACCCGAGUGGGUGGCGUGGUCCAAACCCUGGGCAAGUCAGCACCUGCGUGGUUACAGCCGGCUGACAACCACUGCGGAUCAUCUCGUUUCGGCGGAUGCCUCAGUGUCGACUUCAAAUAAGGGUGUUCCAUCUGGUGGAGAACCUGCGAUGGGGCUCAUGCGAGGGACGCGCCGUAACGCAUUUCCCAUGAUUGGAAGGAGGAAUAUUCCAAUUUCCGUGCCAAUGCCGAUGAUGACAGGCGCAGGAGUGGCAACAACAAUCGCACGACUGUGCAAUGGUGUCAAACGACUCUUACCGUUAAAAUUUGUUCGAUAA